AACAACAGAGAAGAAGAAAGUAGCUUUCCUAUCCUUCCUGCUGCACACUAACCACAACUAAGCUACUAACAUGGACUAGAAAAAAGGACAGUGACACUUUGUCUGGGUCACUUUGACCAAUGUCCACGGUGAGGUGCAUUUUGGGAACAUUUGCAAAGUAUUUGGCCUCUCUGCCAGCCUGGAGACAUCAGAUCAAGCUGCAAAACAGCUUCUGCACACUGGACAUAAUACCAACCUCUUCUCCAUGCAGGAUGUCGACUUCACCUCACCCAGUGGCUGCAGUGUGUCAGCUGACAGUCACCCCGAACAAAGAGGCCAACUUCUCUGCCUGUAAACAGCUGGUGGAUGAAGCCAAGGAGCGAGGGGCCAGCAUGGUCUUCCUGCCCGAGAACUUCGACUACAUCGGGUCCAGUCGAGAGGAGACAUUGUCGCUGUCUGAGAGCCUGACAGGAGACACAAUCUCACGAUACAGUCAGCUGGCCAGGCAGUUGGGAGUGUGGCUGUCUCUUGGAGGAUUUCAUGAACGGGGACAUGACUGGGAGUCUGACAGACGAAUCUACAACAGUCACAUCAUAAUUAACGAUAAAGGUGACAUUGUUUCAGUCUACAGGAAGUCCCAUUUGUUUGAUGUGGAACUGCCAGAAAAAGGCAUAUCCCUUAAGGAAAGUGGCUUCACCAUCCCUGGACCCUCCCUCAUGUCUCCGGUCCAAACUCCCAUCGGCAAGGUCGGCCAGGGCAUCUGCUAUGACCUGAGAUUCCCUGAGUUAUCUCUGGCUCUGCAAAGACAUGGGGCCGAGAUUCUGACAUACCCAUCAGCCUUCACUGUAGCAACCGGAGCUGCCCACUGGGAGGUGUUACUCCGUGCACGGGCAAUUGAGAACCAGUGUUUUGUCAUUGCGGCAGCGCAGGUCGGCCGGCACACCGAGAAGCGCUCUUCGUACGGCCACACCCUGGUGGUGGACCCCUGGGGUGAGGUGCUGGGGGACUGUGGAGGGGAGAAGCCGGGCAUGGUGCUGGUGGAGAUCGACCUGGAGAAGGUCAGCAGCACCAGAAUGAACAUGCCGGUCCAACAGCACCGCAGAGACACUGGUUUCUAUAAGAGUCUGGAGAAGACUUGACCACAAGAGAAGUGCAAAGUUCAAAGUCAGGUUGUUUCGAGUUCUGUCACGCUGCAUCAUGAACACUGCAAGUGAUUUGAUUAAUGACAGAUCAAAAGAGAGACACUUCUCAUCUUUUUUAAUCAGAAAUGUGAUGAUGGAAACAUGCGAAAAGAAGCGUACAUUGUUGUCAAAUGAUGCUGUUAAUGAAUAAAUAUCAGCGCCAUGCAAACAUGGAGUAGUGGUGGCAAAAGUGGAAGUCAGCCAUCUCUUUUUUUCUGUUUUCUCUGCUUCUCUGGUUGAACCUCUGAGUCAUCUUAUCUUUGCAGUAGAUAAUCUCAUUCCCGGGAAGUAAAGCUCACUCACAAUCAAGAAUAACAGCUCUCUGACCAUGAGUCUGUACAUGAUGUUACUCAUACUGGUCAGUAGAUGGUGCUGUUGGGCAGUUGCUGGUAAAUUACUGAUGUAAAUUUAUCUGUUGUACGGAAUGGACAUGUACACAUUAACCUGUAACAUUUCUGUAAUGAAAUUAAUCAGUUACUACUGAAAGAUUAUAAACUCAAACAUCUGGAAAACA